AGCCUUAUUAGCAACUUUCUAUUCCUUUCAUAUUUCUUCUCUUAUAGCACACUUUCUAGUUUUUAUCCCAACAAAACUAACACCCAUAUUUCAAUUUCUUAACACUACCGCUAUUAGCAAAUUUUCAAAAAGAUGUCUACUGAAUUACCCUUCAAUCAAAAAGGCCACACAUGGGAUCAAGUUAACCCAAUACUCAACCAUGACUCACUGCCCUCAGGAGAGUUCUACAAUAUUCCACUUUACGCUCUAAACUCACAGGGACAAGAAGUGGUUUCAUCACUAAUGGUGCAGCCUGUCAUGGAACCAACAUUGCACGAUUAUUAUGAUGAUAUUGUAAGGGAAGAAGAUGAUGAUUAUGAAGCUUCGAGGGCGAGGCAUAUAAGUGAAGAAUCAAUUCAAGGAUUGGAGGAGGUGAGAGUUGAAGGAUUGUAUUUGAAGGAGGCGUGUCCAGUGUGUUUGGAAGGGCUUUCAAUGGGGUUGGAGGCAAUGCGCAUGCCAUGCUUGCAUGUCUACCAUGAAGGUUGUAUUGUGGAGUGGCUUAGAAAGUGUAACCUGUGUCCAUUGUGCCGGUAUGAGAUGCCAACCUAAUUUGUUUGGAUAUUUGUUUUUAAUAUUAUACAUAGAUUUGCUAAGCAAUAUUCUACAUUGUUACUUGUUCUCAAUACGGUUUUUCUAACAGUUUUUUUUCUCAGCAAUAGUUUCCUGUAUACC